AGGCCAUGAAUUAAAGAGUUUUUUUUUACAUUCAUGUCAUGUAUAAAUUCAAUUCAAUUUUAUGGUCGUAUCAUAAUGGAAAUUCAAACCAAAUUAUUAAGAGUUCAAUAUUUAUUUCUAAACAGCUAUUUGAAAAGAUAUUUGAAUAAUAAUAUAGCUGAUAUUACUAAAAUCCAUAGAGAUAUUUAUACAAGAAGAUAUCCAACUAAGGUAGUAAAAGCCGAUGGUUCUUCGAUAGAUGUUAGAUAUCAUGAGCCGAGAAAAAUUAUAAAGCUGCCACUAGAUUUAUCACUUUUAUCUGAGGAUGAGAGAAGAAUUAGAUUAGAGAAAAGAAAACCAAAGAAAAAAGUAAAGAUUUCUGAUGAUUUAGAAGAUAAUUUCAAUGCCAAGAAAUAUUUAAAAUAUUUGAAGAAAUGAAUAUUGAUUUGUCUAUAAAGUAGAUAUCUUGUUGUUAGUAAUAAAACAUAUAU